UCCGCUCAAACCCUCAGAGAGAGAGAGAGAGAGAGAGAGAGAGUGAGAGACAGAGAGGCGAAAACCAGUUUUUGUUUAGAUCUUUUGUAUUUCAGUCGAAGAAAACUGCGAUCUAUCCCUCAUCCAAUCCAAUUUCUAUCUUGUCAAAAUGUCCGGCCGGCACGAGAAGGAGAAAGGCGGCGUAAACGUUCAGGUUCUCCUUCGUUGCAGGCCGUUCAGUGAAGAUGAGUUGCGGAACAAUGCACCGCAAGUUAUUUCUUGCAACGAAUACCAGAGAGAAGUCGCUGUAACUCAGAACAUCGCUGGGAAGCAGAUCGACAGAGUUUUUACCUUCGAUAAGGUUUUUGGUCCCUCGGCUCAGCAAAAGGAUCUAUACGAACAAGCAGUUGUUCCCAUAGUAAACGAGGUCUUGGAGGGUUUCAAUUGCACUAUUUUUGCAUAUGGGCAAACUGGUACGGGGAAAACAUACACAAUGGAAGGUGAAUGCAAAAGAUCAAAGAGUGGCCCGAGUGGGCAGCUACCUCCUGAAGCAGGGGUCAUUCCUAGAGCGGUUAAACAGAUAUUUGACACCUUGGAGAGUCAACACGCAGAGUACAGCAUAAAGGCCACUUUCUUGGAAUUAUAUAAUGAAGAGAUUACUGACUUGCUUGCUCCUGAAGAAAUAUCAAAGGUUGCUCUGGAGGAGAAACAGAAAAAGCAACUUCCUCUAAUGGAGGAUGGGAAAGGUGGAGUCCUUGUAAGAGGGCUAGAAGAGGAAAUUGUGACAAGUACAAGUGAGAUUUUCAAUCUAAUUGAAAGGGGAUCUGCUAAACGCCGUACUGCAGAGACAUUAUUAAACAAACAAUCUAGUCGGUCACAUUCGCUGUUCUCUAUUACAAUUCACAUCAAGGAAGCAACUCCAGAAGGUGAAGAACUUAUAAAAUGUGGCAAACUAAAUUUGGUUGAUUUAGCUGGUUCAGAAAACAUUUCCCGAUCUGGUGCCAGGGAGGGACGUGCAAGAGAAGCUGGGGAAAUCAACAAGAGCUUGCUUACUUUAGGGCGUGUUAUAAAUGCUCUAGUAGAACAUCUUGGGCAUGUUCCUUACAGGGACAGUAAGCUGACACGGUUACUUCGUGAUUCAUUGGGUGGAAGAACAAAGACUUGCAUAAUCGCUACCGUGUCACCAGCUGUUCACUGUCUUGAGGAGACCUUGAGCACAUUGGAUUAUGCACACAGGGCUAAGAAUAUAAAGAACAAGCCUGAGGUUAACCAAAAAAUGAUGAAAACUACUCUUAUCAAGGACCUCUAUGGCGAAAUUGAACGACUUAAAGCAGAGGUGUAUGCUGCACGUGAGAAAAAUGGAGUUUAUAUUCCAAAAGAACGAUAUUACCAAGAGGAGAGUGAAAGGAAGUCAAUGGCAGAUCAAAUUGAACAGAUGGGAGUCAUUCUGGAGACCAAUCAGAAGCAACUUGAGGAUUUGCAAGAAAAAUAUGAGGCUCAAGUUCGACAAUCCUCAUAUUUGAGCAAUAAACUUGAUGCAACACAGGAAAAUUUGGAUCAAACAAGUAAAUUGUUGGCUAAAACAGAGGAGGAGCUUAAGAAAUCUCAGUAUGCUCUGAAGGAGAAGGAUUUUGUGAUAUCUGAACACAAAAAAGCAGAAAAUGAUUUGACACAUCAAGCAUGCGUUUUGCGAUCUGACUUGGAGAAGGCUCUUAAUGAUAAUGCUUUGUUAUUUUCAAAAAUAGCAAGAGAAGAUAAACUAAAUGCAGAAAACAGGUCUUUGGUGAACAAUUUCCAGGUAGGUCUUGCUGAACAGAUUGGUACUCUUUGUAGCAUGGUUGCAACAUCAAUGUCUCAACAAAACGAGCACCUUGAGUCUGUUGAGAACCUCUGCCAUUCUGUUCUAGAUAACCAUGAUAAGUCUGUCUUGGAUGUGAAGAGGAAAGUGACAAGUUUAAGGGCUUUAUAUAUUUCUCACCUGGAAGGAUUGCAAAAUGUGGAGCGAUUGCAUAAAGCAAGUGUAAAUGCGGAGAUAGAGGAGAUUUCAUCUUUGACAUCUGCAAAUGCCUGUUCAAUAGACCAGUUUCUAUCUAUUGUGGCUGGGCAAGCAAAUUCAAUAUUUGGUGAUCUUCAAGGUACAUUAUCAAGUCACCAAGGGGAGAUGGCUCUUUUUGCGAGGGAGUUGCGUGAGAGAUUCGACGCUAGUAGUGGAUAUGCCAGGGAGAUAUCUAACUUCACUCUUAAACUUCUCGAUAAGCUUGGGGAGGAGUCACUAAGGCUUAAGAACCAUGCAAAUCAAUCUCACGAGAUUCAGAGGAAGUACAUAGCUCAAUUUCAGAAGGCUUAUGAGGAGCAAUCAAAGUAUGAAGAAGAAAAGCUUUUGGCAGAUAUGACCAGCUUAGUUUCCAACCACCUCCGUCGUCAAAAAGAGCUGGUUGAUGCAAGGCUUGUUGAUUUGAGAGACAAUUCCAUUGGGAACAAGGUAUUUUUGGAUGAGCAUGUAUCAUCCAUGGAGGUUAUCACUACUGAUGCUAAAAGAAAGUGGCAAACAUUUUCCAUGCAGGCAGAGAAUGAUGCCAAAGAUUGUGCUGAUUUCUCUGCUGCCAAGCAUUGUCGAAUGGAGUUGCUUCUACAGCAGUGUGUAAGUACUGUAGAAACUGCGUCCGAGCAUUGUAAAAGGACGAAUGAAUCAGUAAACAAGAUCUGUGUUGAACAUGUGUCAGCCGUUGAGUCACUUGUCAGAAAAGCUAAUGAAUGUAAUGAGCAACAUGAAGCAGACAUUGCUUCUGCACGGGUUGCUGCUGAGCAUGAUGUGGUGAAGAACAGUGAAGAUGUUGUACAACAUGUUGAGAGUGCUUCUGAGCAUGAAAGAAGAUCAAUAUCGAGAAUCAUGGCAGCUGUUGAAACUCAUGCAAACACCUUGCAGAAACUUCAGGGGAAUCAUUCAGGCCAUGCAGCUGAGAUUGAACGGAGGGCACAAGACACGUUUGAGCAGAGAUACAUGGAUUAUGAGCCAAGUGGCACAACACCAACGAGGUGUGAGCCAGAUGUCCCGAGCGAAGGGAAAAUCAAGUUACUUCGAGCCAUGCCAAUGGAGACCCUCCUUGAUGAAUUUAGGGAUAAAUACCCAUACGAAUCAUCAGGGCAGAAGCAGUUGAAGCCGUCUCUCAUACCACGGUCUCCCCUCAUUCAACUCAAUUGAUGAUGUUUUCCUAAUGUUUGUUUCGAUGAUGAGAUUUGUAUUUGUAUGUUCCUGUAUGCUAAUGUUAUAAUAGAUUGGAAGUGAAUUUUUUGUGCGAUGGAGGGAUUGUCUAGCGGGGGCCAUAACCACUGCAUUUGUGAAAGCCAAGUGGACUAAUAAGUCCCAGCUCGGGAUUGAUAAAGAUCAAAUGGCGUUUGUUGUAAAUAGUAGAAAACUCUUCACAAAUUUAUCUUUGAAUGUUGCUCUAUUCAAAUUAAA